ACACGAGAGUGCCAGUGCUGCUGCUGGUGAAGAAAAGUUUUGCCCGUUCGGUGGAUUCGGUGCUGCGGUUGGUGCGGUUGACUUCGGUGGUACCGCAGUAUCGACUUGCUCAGCAUUUGGAGCUUACGAGCGCGAUACACCUGGAUUUUAAGUGGUCGUCUUUUCUGGUGGUGGCGACGUUCGACGGGAAAGACGGACGCACGGGCUGUGAAAACUCUCGUGUAACUUGAGAGCCCCAGUUUUGGUCGUCUGUUUGGAAGCGCGGAGUGUACCAUACCGGUUGGUCGGUUGCUGGUUGUUGUUCAGUGUUGAACGUUCUUCGGGGCUUUUUGUUUAGUUUAGUUUGUUUUUUUUUGGGUUGGUUGCGGGUCAGCAGUCAGCAUAACAAGUGCCCGUCGUUCUGGCGGAAGGCAAGGACGGAUGAGCAGACGAGCCAGAAUUCAGUUGCAAGGUGCUAUGACGUAGCGACGGUGUGAGGCGAAGUGUUACUGCUGGAUAAAAUUGAAUUUUUAUUAAAGAAUUCUAUGAACGAAACCAAUGGAUUUAAAGAAGUGAUUACGAUUGGUGACUUUUAAUUACCCGACAACACGAAGGAAUCAGUGUGAAUCCGACUUACGUAUAGUUCGAAUGUGACUGCCGCGGCAGCCGGGAAAACCGCGUGACAGUUCGACAUGGUCCAGUUCGGCAUCAGUGUCCAGUGAUAAAUAUCUCGCGGAUUAGUGCUCGCCAUCCAAAUUGAAAACAUCGAACAUAAACACGACUUUCGGAGGGCGCAUGGAAAUUGUGCAAGUUGACAGACGAAAAACAUACGAACAAUCGUACGAUGCAGCCAACAGUAAGAACACCAGCAUUGCCGUUCAUCAAAGUGCUGGCGGUGGCAGUGGCUUUGCUCGUGGUGGCCCGUGUUGGGUACGUUUCGGCGGCCACGGCUACCAGCGCUGUGUAUGUGGAAAAAUCCGCGUACAAAAAUGUCGUUAUCGAGAUAAGGGAUAACGUACCGGUGGAAAAUUGCCAAACCAUCCUGCAUAAUGUCGAGAUCAUGCUAACAUCGGCCUCGCAAUACCUUUUCUCGGCGCUGGACGGCCGCGUCUACUUCGGGGAUAUUACGGUAAUUUUGCCACCUCAUUGGCCUAACUCGUGCAUACCCUACAAUCAAACAAGAACCUCCGCCAGCGGAGAACGUAGCGACGUAACGAUAAAAACCCAUUCCAAAACCGAGUCACCCAUCUGGACCAAGCAGUACGCCGGCUGUGGGGAGCCCGGUGAACAAAUCUUCAUCGAAUCGGACAUCCUGGGCAGGGAUACCAUCGGUCGGGAAUUCGUUCGCGAGUGGGCCAAGUACCGGUACGGUGUCUUCGACGAAAUCGGAUUCACCAAAGAUCCUGUCUAUCCACGGUGCUACAUCAACGACGAUCAUGAGCUCAAGCUGACUGGGUGCUCAGACGCCCCGGUUCACGAUCGUGGUCUUUGCGGAAACCCUGCUGCCUACAACAUCAGCGACAUUAUUGAUCGCAACGCUCGAUCCAGCAUCAUGUUCGCUGCGGAAUCUCCUGGUGUGACAAUGUUCUGCGACGAAGGAACCCACAAUCGAUAUGCUCCGACGAAGCACAACCAACUCUGUGACCGUCGCAGUACCUUGGAUGUCAUCCUCAAACAUCCCGACUUUGUCAUGGAAAACAAGAUCAAUGUCAACCCAUCGGUCAUCGUCAACACUGCCCCAAAAUUCAGCUACAAAACCCGUAAAUCCACUCGCUACGUCAUCAUCAUCGACGAAACUCUGGACAUGCAGCUGCGCGAAUCGUGGAGUUUUCUGCGUUCGGCCAUCCGUAAGUGGGUCGUCUACGACCUGCCGGCCAACACAGAGGUCGGCAUGGUCCUCGCCAAUGACACCGCAACCGAAAAAAUCCUCCAAAUCUCAUCCCUCUACAUCCAAGAAAACAAAGAUCUCGUCGCCUCUUUCAUCCCCUACUCUCCCAGUGACUCUCGCCAGCCGGCUUGCUUGACCUGUGCCGUCACAGACGCCAUCCACAUGCUCAACGAGCGAACUCGUAUGAAUGGUCCCGCCAACUCCAUCAUUCUAAUAAUCGCCCCCGGCAUGGAGUAUUCUAUCGACCACAUCGCCCUGUCCAACUCCGCCCAAAGUUCUCACAUUCGCAUCGCCACCAUCAACUACCCGAACGUUAUCCGACGGCAACCGCUGGAUGCCCUCGCUAUUUCCACCGGCGGCACAGCUCACUCCGUCUUCGAAAGCAAAUACAACCUGGAGAAGAGCUUCAUCAGCACCUACUUCGAACUGUCGAACACCCUUUUCAGCAUCGGCAAUCAGUACUACGAGGGCAACCGUAACGACCUUCCCAUCGAGAUCUAUCGCAACGAGCUGGUCGAAUCGGAUGACAACGAGCUCAUCAACUCCAAUCAUAUGCUUUCGAAGCGCACUAGCCGCACCGUCACCGGGAGCUUCACCCUGGAUUCGUUCAUGGGACCUCCGGCGUACUUUUUUGUGUACGUACACAACACGGAGAACCCACUGAUCGCAAGCAUGAAACUAACCAGUCCGAGCGGCAUUGUUUACUCAUCUAGAAGUGAUGCUAGAUCGUUGGUUAAACAGCUGAUGGUGUCCGCUACGUUGAACGAGACUGGAAGUUGGACUUACAAGAUCGAUCGGUUCAAUGGAAACCCUCAGCCACACUACGUACAGGUCAUUGCCACACCACGAUCCAAGUACGCUCCUACCAUCCAGGCCAGAUCGUGGAUAAGGCAGCGCAGUGGUAGCCCUCCUGUUAUCUACGCCGAAGUAAAGAAGGGUGAUCUACCAAUAAUUGCCGCAUCGGUGGAAGUGACUGUGGUGCGUCCAGAUGGGAUCUGCCCUACGGGCAGCGGAAACGAUUGUCGUCAAAAAAUUAGACUGUUGGAUUCGGGGUCUGGCGAUCCGGACGUUACAAGGAAUGAUGGAAUUUAUUCGCGGUAUUUCAACGCAGAUGAUUUUGGGGGCGCUGGAGCGUAUCAGUUCGAGGUCACGGUCACAGAUAACGAAAACAUGGCCUACACUCGAUCAGAAAGUGUAUUGAAAGGUGCCCCUCCAAGAUGUUGUGGAAGUGCGAUAAGAACGACCCUAAUGGCUUCGAUGGUUUCGUUUCAAAGAACUCUGCAACCCAUGACUGUGUUUUUAUCGCAGGAUCUGUUGGACUCCAUUGGCCAUAGAUCUAUGGGGAAAAUCAGUGACCUUAGUGUGGAUGUUGAAGGUAUGAGAGUUCGCUUGAAUUGGACCACUCCGGAUAUGGGAGGGCGAGGUAUUGCUCGGUACGAAAUUAAGUAUGCCACAUCAAUUCGGGACAUCGUCGAUUUCUACGACACGGCAGCUUUUCUUUGGCAUCAUGAUACACCACUGAUAAACCCGAUUGGAGAGGAAAGUUCCUUCGCAAUGAACCUAUCGCACGAACCGCAUCUAAUUGGACAGGUUCUGUAUUUCUCUGUUCGAGCACACGCUUUGGGAGUCAUGGGUGGUUCAACUUCCAACUAUGUUCGAGUAUUCGUUCCAAAACCGAAACGAGCCACAUCGCUAUCACCAUCCACUUCCAUUGGAACUGAAAGCUAUGGAGACGUUUGGUCUUCUUACGACGAAAUUCGAGAAGGUCACAAUCGACGAGUUAACAUCCAUCAACGAAUUGCCGAUACCAUCAGCUUGGAGGUCGAAGUACUGUUGGCGAUUAUCGCCGGAACCAUAUUCUUGAUCAUCAUCAUCCUUAUCUGCUGCUACUAUUAUUUUCUCAAAAAGCGCAACACAAUUCAAGAGGACGAUCAGAAACGACCAAUCAAACCCUUCCAAACUGAAACCAAGACUUCCCUCGGGCACAGUGUCUUUGUCACCCCCGGCAAUGUGACUUCAUCCUCUUCCAACGCCACAAGUUCAACGUCCGCUUCUCCAGAUUAUGUGCAACAAACAAACGUGUCUUCCAAUAUCCCAACCAUCUACAACUCGCGGACGCUGCCCAUCGAGCAGAAGCUAAUCGAUGAGCUCAAACAGCAACAGCAGAUCGCCGACACGCAGUCCUACAUCCUCACCCAAGCCGACGCCAUGCAGUACAACACCACGCUGACCCGAGGCUUCAAACCAGUCCCGACGAUCAAUGACAAUCGAACGCUUAGCCCAUUCGAAUCAUGGUCCGCUUCGCAGCUACUCCAAGAGCACGAGCAGCACCACCGCCGGCGGAGUCCCAGCUUAGUCGACAACUACCUGGACAACGACAUCCAGCAGUUCUACGCUAGUCAACAUGAUCAAAUGUCUCUGCUGAAUGCGGCUGGCGUUGGGGUUCAAAACAUGGGGCACAAUCCACCGCUGCCACCGCCACCAAUUUACUCUUCGGCGAAUCCCCCGUAUUUCUACGAUCCGCAGCAACAGCAACAACCACCACCGCAACAGCUGCAGCAGCAGCAGCAUCACCACAUACAACAACAGCACCAACAGCAAUACGGUGGACAUGACGGAACGAUGAAUCCCAUGACGACACCGCUGCACGUCACUAUAACGUAAUGGAGCUCCCCACAGCGGGAGAGUAAAUGUGUACCUAAGAUUACGAUGUUAAACCAGAGAGGUGCUGCUUCGCAGAGGAAGUGUGCGAUCGGUCGGUUUCUCGGAAUGCGGCAAGGUGCGGCGGAGCAAGCGUGGUGGCUGUGAAUCGAAAUAUGUGGGUGCGCGUGAGAUAGAGAAAGGGUGUGUAGCUUGUAUAGACCAAUUCUAUAUACAAAAAGCAAAAUUUCAAUUGCCAGAAAGACUGAUUUCAUGCUAAGGGCAUUUUUAUGGAUUAGUUACGAGUGUUUGCACCGAACCGGAAUUGAUCUCCAAAAUCCCGAAUUAAAACAAAGAUGUGCUCGCGGUAUUGAUAGAUUUUUAAAUAUGUUUAGCGCCGUUCGUACUUAAACAAAAAACCGUGUAAUAUGAAUGUUAUUGCAUAGCCAGUAAUAAACAGGUCGAAAACGGUCAACGAAUUUCGAAACUGGAUGCAUUGUUGCUAGUCCCUUUCGAUUCAAAGAGUUAAACUGUAAGUUACUUUGUGUCGGUCCGAUUUGUUUUCGUAAACCGGAGGAAUUAGCGCGAUCAUUGUAUAUGUUGAGGGAACUUAGAGACGGCCAGUUGAGAAACGUUACGGAAGAAACUACUUAAGCUAUAAGAUGAUGAUUAUAUAUUGUACAUAGAAAAAAUUGUAAUAAAUAAACACAAAUGCUAUGAAUCAAAAUAUCAA